CAUUUGCGUCCAGACAUCUUAACAGUUUACUCAACGUACAAAACUCACCUUGAUCAUGAUUGUUAAUGUGCAGAUGACUACCAAGUUGGCGAUUUUCCUCUUCUUUGCUGCCAGCUGUCGGUCUAUCUGGGGGGCAGCCUCCGUACCACGUUUAAAUGGAGUCAAUGUUGCAGGACUAGAGUUUGGCAUUGACAUCAAUGGAACGUCAAUCGGAAACUACAAUUCACCAGAAUUUGAUCAAAUUCAACAUUUCGUCAGUGUUGGGAUGAACGUCAUCCGUAUUCCCUUCGGUUGGCAAUACAUUCAGCCACAAAUCAAUGGAGAUCUAGACGCAAAUUAUCUUGGACUCUUGGUUAAGUAUGUGGAAUACACUCUCGGCUUAGGAGCACAUGUUAUCAUUGAUCUCCACAACUACGCUAGACGUGAUGGAAAGAUUGUUGGUCAGAGUGACCUAAGUGCAGAAUCCUUAGCAGAUAUGUGGAGCAAAGUAGCAAGUCAUUUCAAAGAGCAGACCAAUGUGUUCUUUGGCUUGAUGAACGAGCCUCACGAUGUGGACAGCAAAACGUGGAUCGGAGUAGUUCAACUGGUUGUAACUGCAAUCCGACAGCAGGGUGCAUCUAACACUAUCCUUCUGCCUGGGAACUACUGGAUGCAUUUUGCAACCUUUGCCAAUGAUUAUAACAAUGGGAUGUCGGCAGUCAAGAACCCAGAUGGCACAAAAACUGGCUUGAUUUUCGAUAUUCAUCAAUACCUUGAUGUCGAUGGAUCUGGGGCUCACAAGGAAUGCACUCAAUAUCAUCCUGAUGAGAUCACUUCGGUCGCUGCCUUACUAAAACGCGAUGGUCAACAAGCAAUAGUUACAGAGACAGGUGGUGGCAACAGUCAAUCCUGCAGCGACUUUAUCUACAAGUUUGUCAAAGCAGUCAACAAUGAAUUUCCUACCUUCAUUGGAGCCCUACUGUGGGGCGGUGGACCCUUUUCAGCAGAUUCUACGCUGGUGAUUACUGUCAAAGAGGGAAAUAAUUGGAAGGAUCAGAUUAACUUGGAAGCAAUGAAAAGAUCCCUGGCCUCUGGCUCAAGCUCUUAAAUCUGAUGAUCAUAUCGGAUUGUAGUACUACGGUGAUGAUUCUCUAGAAACUGAAGAAGAUAGUCUGGGUCCAACUAACUCUUAUGUCCAAUCAGGUGUCGAGAGUAGUUUGGAUACAUCCAAGCAAACCUGUUCAUCUGCAUGUAUACCUUUGAUCAUUCAUCUUGUCUAUUGUGAGAAACUUAUAAGCUAUCACCAUUUUUGCUGAGCACGCUUCAUCCGGCAUUAUUCUCCUUCGUAUUGUAUCUCUUCUUGUUUUUCGACUUUCAACGAUGAUUCUGUACUCAGUCUCCAGGAGUCGACAAUCAUAGCCACAAGCUUGUAUGCUGCGUACGAACCUAUCAUUGGAGAUUUUGUUUGUAAGGGGCCUGGUCCACAUU